AGAAGCCAACAGGAAGAAUAGAGUAGAAAAGACGACUUUACUUGUCACAUCUUAUCACAGUACAGUGAAUAUAAUUCUUCGCAUAUACGCACUUUGGAGACUGUGUUCAGCGCGCAGGGUCAGCAGUGAUACAGCAGGACUGAGAAAGAAGCAGAUAAAAACAAUAGCGUUUUAAGGCGACCCUGGAUUAUGUGAUCUAUAUGUCAUGUCCUAAUGAUUACUUUGUGUGUCUAUGACAUGUUUGUCUGCUGUGUCUCGAGACCGCUCAGUGAAAGCGGUGGAUUAUAAAGAUCUUGUUUCCGGAAGUGCUAAAAAUAAACAAAACAUCACCUUGAAAGGAUAUUAUGAUUUUUAAAAAAUGUAUAGAAUGUUUAUUUUAUGAUUUAUGACGUUUUUACCGGACACACGUGAGCUUAUAUGUCAGAAACCUGUCCGAAGAUGUUCGGCUUUUCUCGGCUUUCUGCCGAAGGGAAAGUGGGCGUGGCUACAGGGGUCGUGUUCUUCUCCAUGCUCGUAUCCCGAACCGUGCUGUCGGAGCGCGUGGACAUGAUGACGCGCGCGCGGUUGUUUCGGGUGCAGUUUGUGUUGUUAAUCAGCUCCCUGCUGCUUCUCGGCUCCAUCUAUAUUUGGAAGCGCGUGGUGACGCGUCUGUGCGGCGCGAGACCACCGGACACCGCGGCCGCUGCCUGGGCGCACAGAUGUUGGCGCGCGGUGGUGCUGAUGUUCCUCGUGCUCGCUCAUUGCAGCUACCUGUGCAUGUUUUACCUGGUGCACACGGAACCGCACUGGCUGUCCAUGCUGAGCUUCAGCUGCCUCGGUGUUUACGUCAUCCUGCUGUUCUUCCUCAUGUUGUUUGGUUUAUCCAGCCGCAUGCUCCAGAUGUUCUCCAAGGGUUCUUCUGUGAUGGUGGUGGUGGUGAGCAGUUCAGCCAGACAAAGUGUUCUUGCUUUAGUGAUGACUGCGCUGUUGACCGUGUACGGGCUGUUAAACGCCGCACAGCCACCACAAUUGGUGGAAGUCGAGGUUCCUCUGGAGAAACUGCCAGCUUCGAUGGAUGGCCUCAAGGUGGUUCUGCUUUCAGAUAUCCAUCUAGGGCCAACAGUCGGGCGCUCACAACUUCAGCGCAUUGUCACCAUGGUCAAUCAGCUAGAACCAGAUGUGGUGGUGAUUGUAGGUGAUUUGACCGACUCUCAGGUGACCCGUUUGAGGACGGCUGCAGAACCGCUGGCUCUCCUCAGACCUCGACUCGGCUCAUACUUUGUGACAGGGAACCAUGAGUACUACACCGCUGAUGUGGACAAUUGGUUCGAGUUUCUGCGCUCGAAGGGAAUAGAACCUCUACACAACAGCCAUGCUCGUGUGUUCAGACCCGGACAAACGCAGGACUGGUUCUGUCUCGCUGGAAUCGAUGACCUGGAAGCUAGCAUGCUGCGGUAUCCUGGUCACGGGAUGGAUGUUGAGAAAGCCCUGAGUGGUUGUAGCGAAGAUCGUCCGAUUGUCCUCCUGGCUCAUCAACCUCACGCUGCUAAACAAGCGCUCCAGCAAAGACCAGAUAUCAACUUAGUGCUGUCAGGUCACACUCAUGCUGGUCAGCUCUUCCCUCUCACUGUCCUGGCGUUCCUGAUGAAUCCGUACUUCUGUGGACUUUACCGCAUCUCGGAAAACACUAUGAUCUACGUUACUCCUGGAACGGUUUAUUACGGCAUUCCAAUGAGAAUCGGCAGCCGCGCAGAGAUCACACAGAUCACAUUGAAAUCACACUGAGUGUAAACACACUCUCACACACACACACACAUACGUUUGUUUGUAUGCUAGAAAAAGCCUUUUUUUUUAGCUAAUUGGUUUAAAGGUUGUUUGUGUCAUAACCCAUAAUAAGAUGAAUAAGAACAAUUUGUUGUCUCUGUUAUCACUGCGUCAUUCACAAUCACUAAUGAAUUCAAUACAUUCACACCUGCGAGCAACAAAGCUACACAGUGCCAUGAUUUCAGUGACGAAACAACACUUUUUAUUAAUUUUAUGCAAAUUACUAAAGAAGCGUCAAAUACGAUUGAUUCCUCGGACCGAAUCCUAGCACUCGACUCUGAGCUCGGGUUAUUGUCCUCAUCCUCCUUGUAUCUGUGUUGGGUCUCAGUUUCCUCCAAGCUCCAAAAAACAAUUGUAGGUGGAUUUAUGACGUUAAACUGCCCACAUGUACAAAUGUGUGUGCGUGAAUUCCCAGCUCACACACAGCUUUCCCAGGAUAACAUUGGACCCACUACGGCCCAGACUAGGAUGAAGGGUUUACUGAGGAUAAAUGAAUGACUAGAAGCCUUUUGUCACGAAUACAUUACAUUUUUCACAUAUCCCAACUUUGGAGGUUGGGAUCAGAGCACAAGGUCCGCCAUGAUACAGCACCUCUGGAGCAGUGAGAGUUAAGGGCCUUUCUUAAGGGCCCUACAUUGGCAGCUUGUCAGUGCUGGGUUUUGAACCCUGUUCCUCCGAUCAAGAACCUUAACCACUUGAGCUCAACUGCUUGUCCUUUACUUUAGCUAAAGAAAUUAACAAUAACAUUCUUGUAAUUGGUGUAAAUCCAGACCAUAUGACUGUCUGCUGUCAGUUACUGAAGCUAUGUGGACUACAAAAAGUGCACCUGAGGUCACACACAGACCUAAUCUAGCUUGAGUCAGGGUUUCUAGAAUAUAGUUCGGAUUAUUUAAUUGCCAUUCAUAUGAUAUAUGUAUUGUUUAUUAUUGCUGUUUAAUUAAAUAUUAUUCACAUGA